GAAAUAGAGUAGGCAACAUUGUACAAGAGACUUUGUAAAUAUUUUUUGGAGACUUUUAAAAAUGGGAAAAACCAAGAAACGAGAGAAAAAAUCUAAAAAACAUAAACAUAAACAUAGUAAAAGUAAGCGAAAACAUAAAGAUGUUAAAAAGGAAACUAAAGACACGGUGGUCGAUCAUCCAGAGAACAAUGUUGACAAUGAUGAAAGUGGCUUCGAAAUACCCGUAGAACUGAUGAACACAAAGUCGCAUACACCUGUCACACCAGAGGAGCAUCAAAAGCGUCAAAGUGAAAUACGUCGUGUUGUUGACCCAAGUACAGGACGAGUCCGGCUUAUCAGAGGUGAAGGAGAAGUAAUGGAAGAAAUUGUGAGCAAGGAGCGACAUGCUAAAAUUAAUACUAUGGCAACGCAAACCGAUGGACUCAUUUUUCAAAAACAUACAAUUGGCAAAAUAAAAAAACCGUAAAAACCAAA